CCCACCAAACCAUAGAGUCUGUCGUUUUCUUGAAUUUCCUAAUCCUAUUACCCGCAUGCAAUAUCAUCAUCCAUGUCGACUCUUUAUAAAAACCCUCACCCUUAACCUUUCUUCUAAUAAUCCAACAACAAUCUCUCUCUCUCCUUCUCUCUCUCUAAAACAUCUCCAAACCAAGCAAACAUUCAAUCAAUAUCUUUGUUUUGAGAGUGGCUAUAGUAAUCAAUGGAUGUAAAAGGAAGAGGAAACAACAACAAGAACAACAACAACAACGUUAUGAGUAGUGAAGAUGAUGAGAUGGACCUUAGAAGAGGUCCAUGGACAGUAGAUGAGGACCUAACCCUCAUGAAUUACAUUGCUACUCAUGGUGAAGGUCGUUGGAAUACCCUAGCAAACUCUGCUGGUCUUAAACGAACGGGCAAGAGUUGUCGAUUAAGGUGGCUUAAUUAUCUUCGUCCCGAUGUUAGACGAGGAAAUAUCACACUUGAAGAACAACUUUUGAUUCUCGAGCUUCAUACUCAUUGGGGUAAUCGAUGGUCGAAAAUAGCCCAAUAUUUACCGGGAAGAACGGACAACGAAAUAAAGAACUAUUGGAGAACUCGCGUGCAAAAACUUGCCAAACAACUUAAAUGCGACGUGAAUAGCAAGAAAUUCAAGGACGCCAUGCGUUACCUUUGGAUGCCAAGACUAGUUGAGCGCAUUCAGGCCGCAUCGGCCGCCACUUCCACCACCACCAAGACGGCGGCCGACAACAUUACAUCCAACAAUAGUAAUGACAUAAAAGUUACAAUGCAAUCAUCUCCAACAAUUACUAUCAACAAUGAAUUUGUAAGUUCACAACCACAUAUAACACAAAGUUACACCCUAGAGAACAGUAACACAACCACAUCAUCAGAUUCAUUUGAGAAUUAUAAGGUCUCAACAAUAUCAAAUUUGGGUGAUAAUAAUAAUAAUAAUAAUAAUUACUAUUAUUAUUACACAAAUGUUGAUAACAAGAAUAACCCUAAUUUAAAUUCAGAUUAUUCUCAACCUUCUCAUCAACUUAGCUUCUCCGAUUGCAUCAAAAGCCCGUCUGAAUUAUUCUCUCAAGAAUUAACAGAUUUCCAAUUCAUGGAGCCAAACACACCAUGGAUACAAAAUGAGGACUCAUCAGACAUUUUUUGGAAUCAUGAAACCAUGUUGUUUUUAGAGCAACAACUCAUGAAUGAUACCAUGUAAAAACAAAUAAUUCAUAUGAGUAGGAGAAGAAUAUUUUAUAAUGAAAAAAAAUAUUUACAACACACAUAAAUUAAGGAUGUAUUUAUAUAUAUCUUAAAUUGUGGAUUAUAUAUAUUUUAUAGUAUAAGAAAUUACU